AUGGCAGUCCCAACAAUAGCUUUAUACACGAGCCCACCUAGUAGUGUGUGUUCAACACCAUAUUCAUGCCAAAUCAACGCGCACGCAACUUACGAGUUUGAAUUGAAUCCGAGAUCUUCAUCAACAGCUUCAUCUAGUACAUCUUCCUCUCAGAAACCAAUUGUUGGUGGUUUAUCGCGUUUGUUUUCAUCCCCAGCAGUGAAACAUGCAUCAUUUUCGGGUGAUAGAGAGGAAUUGGGGUCUCUAUGGCAUGAUAGAGGAGACGAAUUGAAGGAAUUGAGUAGUUCAUUUUGUUAUACACCAAGUAAAUACCUUGCUGGAUCUUCUAUAAAGAGGGAUCAAAGUCCAGUUUCGGUUUUGCAAGGUCAAGUUUCUUGUUCUAGUAGUCCUCCUAUGAGGAUUGCUAGAGAAAGGAGCGGUUGUGAUGUGAGUUUUCAGAGUUCAAUUCAUGGCUCAUUUCGUGGUGGGGCUAAUGGGCUCUUUAAUGGGUUUGUGCGGAAUGCAUUAGGGUCUUGUGUUGAUUAUGAUUCUACGGGUUUUGAAGUUCACAGUAAUGGUAUUGAUGUGGGUUCAUCUUCUGUUGCUGUGGAUGAAUUGACUUUUAGCAUGGAGGAUAGUUGUGUGGAGGCUAAUUAUGAGCCUUAUGCUAAGGAAUUGUUGUUGGGCGCACAGUUAAGGCAUAAAAUUUUUUCUGACGAUUUUGUGAUCAAGGCUUUUUAUGAGGCUGAGAAAGCACAUAGGGGACAGAUGCGAGCCAGUGGAGAUCCUUAUUUGCAGCAUUGUGUAGAGACUGCAGUUCUGCUUGCUAUCAUUGGUGCUAAUUCCACAGUGGUUGCUGCAGGGCUUUUACAUGACACUUUGGAUGAUUCUUUCCUAAGCUAUGACUACAUAUUUAAAACAUUUGGAGCAGGGGUGGCUGAUUUGGUAGAAGGGGUCUCUAAGCUUAGCCAAUUGAGCAAGCUUGCUCGUGAGAACAAUACAGCGAGCAAAACUGUCGAGGCAGAUCGCUUGCACACCAUGUUCCUUGCCAUGGAAGAUGCCAGGGCUGUCCUGAUUAAAUUAGCAGAUCGAUUGCAUAAUAUGAUGACACUAGAUGCAUUGCCUUGGGUCAAGCAACAGAGAUUUGCUAUGGAGACUUUGGAGAUAUUUGCUCCCUUGGCCAAUCGUCUGGGAAUCUCCACUUGGAAAGAGCAGCUUGAAAAUCUUUCUUUUAAGCAUCUCAACCCAGAUCAGCACAAAGAUUUGUCUACUAGACUUGUGGAUUCUUUUGAUGAGGCAAUGAUUGCUUCUGCUAAAGAGAAAUUAGAGAAAGCUCUUACGAAUGAAGCCAUUGCUUACCAUCUAUCUGGAAGGCAUAAAAGCUUGUAUAGCAUUUAUUGCAAAAUGUUGAAGAAAAAGCUGAACAUGGAUCAGAUCCAUGAUAUUCAUGGGCUACGUCUGAUUGUCGAAAAUAAGGAAGACUGUUAUAGAGCAUUGAGAGUUGUUCAGCGUUUAUGGUCUGAAGUACCUGGAAAGUUCAAGGACUACAUAAAUAAUCCCAAGUUCAACGGGUAUCGAUCUCUUCAUACAGUAGUGAUGGGUGAAGGCACUGUGCCCCUUGAAGUUCAAAUUCGAACAAGGGAUAUGCAUUUGCAAGCAGAGUUUGGAUUUGCAGCUCAUUGGAGAUACAAGGAAGGUGAUAGCAAGCACUCCUCAUUUGUGCUUCAAAUGGUUGAGUGGGCAAGAUGGGUCAUAACCUGGCAGUGCGAGACAAUGAGCAAAGACCGAUCUUCUGUUGGCUGUGGUGAUUGGAUAAAGCCUCCGUGCACAUUCCCUUCACAUUCUGAUGGUUGCCCAUAUUCAUACAAGCCUCACUGUGGCCAAGAUGGACCUGUCUUUGUCAUUAUGAUUGAGAAUGAUAAGAUGUCAGUGCAAGAGUUUUCUUCAAACUCAACAGUGAUGGAUCUGCUGGAGAGGGCUGGACGUGUGAGCUCAAGAUCAUCCCCAUAUGGGUUCCCUGUGAAGGAAGAAUUGCGGCCAAGGCUGAACCAUCGGCCAGUGUGUGAUGUGGCUUGCAAGCUAAAGAUGGGGGAUGUUGUGGAGCUAACUCCGGCUAUUCCUGACAAAUCUUUGUCCGAUUACAGGGAAGAGAUUCAGCGCAUGUAUGAACGUGGGUCAGCUACUGCCUCUGGUAGCCAUGCUUCUGCUGUAAGUGGCACGGUUGGAUGGAGAAGUUGA